GAAAACGGAAGUAAGCCUUGGCUCGUGACGUUAGUUGCCUUGCGCCGAGAAACAGUGGGCAGGAAACGACAGGCAGAGAAAGACUUGUUCACGCGUUCCGACACCAUGGCACAGUACAAAUAACCGAAAAUGUGCUCCACGUUAUAUUACUAAUGUUCGGGAACGGCCACAGUCUUCGGCUUCUUAGCAAGACUUUUGGAGACGUUCCUCGAAAGCUUUUCCGCCGAGGGAUUUGACAAGUCCCACCCGUGAAAGGUGUCUGCGGUCUAAAAACAUCGGGGCGGACCGCGGGUGGGAAGAGGAUUCGUAGAGAAAGGCUGUCUGCUUUCUGGAGCCAUGAGGGAGUAUAAAGUGGUUGUGUUGGGCUCGGGCGGCGUGGGUAAAUCAGCAUUGACGGUCCAGUUUGUGACGGGAUCCUUCAUUGAGAAAUACGACCCCACAAUAGAGGAUUUCUACAGAAAGGAGAUCGAGGUGGACUCGUCGCCCUCUGUUCUGGAGAUACUGGACACGGCCGGGACCGAACAGUUCGCCUCCAUGCGAGACCUGUACAUCAAAAACGGGCAGGGAUUUAUUUUGGUCUACAGUCUGGUCAACCAGCAGAGCUUCCAAGACAUCAAGGCAUUGAGGGAUCAAAUCAUCCGAGUGAAAAGAUACGAAAGAGUGCCAAUGGUAUUGGUUGGAAACAAGGUGGACUUGGAAGGCGAGAGGGAGGUCUCUUCCGGGGAAGGCAAGGCGCUGGCUCAGGAGUGGAAUUGCCCGUUUAUGGAAACUUCUGCAAAAAAUAAAGGCUUGGUCGACGAACUGUUCGCAGAAAUCGUGAGACAGAUGAACUAUUCUUCUUUACCCAGCGGUGGAGAUCGCUGUUGUUCUUGCGUGCUUCUCUAAGAAAACAUGUUUCGUGCAGCUGUGAGUGUUUCAUCUAUGUGAAAACCAUCAAACAAGCCCUAUUUUGAUAACUUGUUAACAAAAUGAUACGGUCUCUUUUUUUUUUGUUGAUUAGGCGGCGGUCAAUAUAGAAAGCUGCCCACUGUUGUAUUAUCGCACACACCAUCGAGGAUGACAACAUUCGAUAUUGAUAUAGCCUAAAAAGUGUUUACAUGACAAAGUACUUGAAUGUUUAAGUUUUUAGUUCAAUAUCAAACAGCUUUGUAUUUGACACUUCUCUGGAAACGUGCCUCGAUGGGAAUGUCUUAUUGUGAAACCUAAGAGAGACACUGUUGCUUUGUUUUGCUAUGAUAAUGUUAUGUGGGGUUUGAUUACUGUUGAGUUGUACUUUUUCACGUCUUCUGGGCAGAAGAGAUGGAUUGAUUGGAGGACUCCUCCUUCUGCUGAACAGGGAGGGUCUGCUUUCUGUGGAUUCUGCUGGGCUCAAGGAACAUUUGCCCCCCCCAGGGAACUCCCUGCAAAAGUUAUUUUUUUCGGUUCAGUGUCAAAUAAACCCCAUAUGCCAGUCAGUAAACCUGCACUGUUCACUGGAAUUAGCUUAAACCUGAGCAUCCUGUUCAAAUAAGACUAAACAUAACAAAUAGCUUGAACAUCAAGCUGUGGUACAUUACCUGUUGAAAGACAUGGGGCGUAUUCAUUAUGCAGAUUCUGUUGCAAAACGUUUCUUAAACGGAAGAAAAUGGGGGUGACCUACCUGAAUUUGUCCAAUAGAAACUUGUUUUUCUCUAUUUGCUUACAUUUGGCUCUUAAACGGUUUCCAUAAUGAAUACGCCCCUGGAAUGUGGUGGUUUGUGGUUUUUCUUUGGGACUGGUGAUGAUGUUGGAUUGAAUACAAAACUUGCACUUCCCUUGCCAGUGUCACUCUUUACACAAACAAGGACCUUACAGAUGUUACUGACAUGACAUGGAGAAUACGCAUGACUGGACCCCAUGUCAAGUGCCUUCCUGAGAAUUACACUUGUCUCCAUGUGCCAACCAAGGAGCCCUCUAAUCACAACAGUAUGACUGGACCCCAUGACAAGUGCCUUCCUGAGAAUUACACUUGUCUCCAUGUGCCAACCAAGGAGCCCUCUAAUCACAACAGUACUCUACAGUUUCAGUUUGAUUUCAGUUGGGCUCAUAGUGUUACUUUUUGUAUUUUUCAGAGAGGAAGUUGAGGUGUAGACCCCCCCCACACACACACACACUGGUACUAAUUCACAGAGAAUAUGAACCCAAGCAGAUUUAUGCUGUGGGGUUCAGAGAAAAGUAAGCCAUGUUUGUGUUUUCAUUUUACAUUUUUAUGAUUACUUUCUGAAAUGUGAAAUCCUGAUUCAAUUGUAAUUUUGACCUCAAGUCUAUUACUACCCACCUGUCUGGUUUGGAGGACUUUUGAAUACAAAAGGCAUUUUCUGCAACA